UUAAUUGCUAUCGCCACUAACGGCCGUAUAGUACCACGUUUUGAAGACAUGAGACCUGAAAAACUUGGCGUUGCUGGUCUUGUACGUGAGAUCUCUUUUGGAACAACAAAGGAUCGCAUGCUAGUUAUUGAAGAAUGUUCAAAUUCUCGUGCUGUCACUGUGUUCGUACGUGGUAGCAAUAAAAUGAUUGUUGAUGAGGCUAAACGUGCUACUCAUGAUGCUCUUUGUGUUGUGCGUAACUUGGUUCGUGAUAAUCGUGUUGUAUAUGGGGGUGGUGCUGCCGAAAUUAGUUGUGCACUUGCUGUUUCUAAAGCUGCAGAUCAGAUAUCAUCUAUAGAACAACAUGCUAUACGUGCAUUCGCCUAUGCUUUGGACGCGAUUCCUAUGGCAUUGGCUGAAAAUUCUGGACUUUCCCCAAUAGAAACUUUGGCUGAUAUUAAAUCGCGUCAAGUGACCGAGAACAAUAGUCGUCUUGGUAUCGAUUGCACGAUGACUGGAUCUAAUGAUAUGAAAGAACAAUUUGUUUACGAUCCUCUUAUUUCAAAAAGACAACAAUAUUUAUUGGCAACACAGCUUGUAAAGAUGAUUCUCAAGAUUGAUGAU